AUGCUCAGCAGCUCAUUAACACCAAAAACUCAAAAUUAUAUUUCUCGCAAAUCCAAAAUUCUAGAAAAAUACAAAGAGCCUUUAUCUGUCUUCCGAUCUCGUAGAUUAGAAGAAUUUGCCAAGCAUAAACGCAAAUUAGCACAACAAGAACAAACAGAAAUGAGAUUAAAAAAUUUAAUAAAAAAGAAUACAAUAAGUGAAGCAAUGAAGGUGCGCAAUAAAAAAUGCGAAGAAAGCCAGAAAAAAAAGGAAAAAGCUGAAAAAAGGUUAAAAAGAAUCGAAAAUUGAGAAAAAAUUGCAAAAGAGAACAAUGAGAAAAUAAAUGAGGCGGACACCAUUUUUAAAAUGCUUUUGUCAAAAAUAUCAAAAUAUGAACAAAGUAUAUUCAGCUGAUUUAUAAUUCUAAUAAAUGAUGAAGUGUAUUGACAGCUGUUUUCAAAAAUUGAAGCUGCAAAAAUUAUUCGUAGUGAGGCUAGUUCAGAAAUUAAAACAAAGACCGAGGAAUUGGUGCCAGAAUAUUUAAGAUGGAAAGAGAGUUUUAUUAAAAAAGGAAUGAAUGAAAUACUUGCUGAAGAGGAGGCUCAAAAAAAAAUUGAAGCGUCCAAAAAAGACUACAAUAAUGACAUAAAGGAAGCCAAAAAAAUUUUUAAUGAGUUCAAUAGUAUAACUAAAACUAAGCAAGCAGAGGCAAAUAUGUUUAUAGCUCGAGCAAAAUUCUUUUGGGCAAAAAAAAAAGAAAAUAUUGAGGAAGCGAAACGAAAAAUGCUGAAAGCUUUAAAAUUUUCUCCUUACUCCCCCCCUCGAAGUUCGACCAAGAUAUAGGGAAAAUUCCUAUUUUUUUUGGAGAAUUAACCCCCCUCAAAGUUCGACCAAGACCUAUAUAAAUUUACUAGGAAAAUAAGCAAUUUUUCAAAAAUUUUUAAAACUAUGUGGGGGUGAGCUUGCGAUUUUUGUAUUCAAGUUCUAAAAAAGCGUUACAAAACCAUCUUGCACUAUUUUUUCUAACCCUUACGCCCUCUCAACCAUACAGAAGAAUAUGAUGAAUAUUUUUUUUUUAACUACUGAAUUAUAUAAAAAAAAUUCUAUAUAAUUUUUGUUAAAAAAAUUUUUCUUAACCCCCGAAGUUCGACCAAAAAAAUCUUGGUCGAACUUCGAGGGGGGGGAGUUAG